UUGACCGAAUUCAGCCCGCAGUAUGGCGGUAGUGAAGAUGUGAUCGCAUUUUGGUGCUAGUUAGUGAGUUAUGGAGAUGUUUUCGUUGAUUGCGGUUGGAGAGAACGGAAUCGAGGGAUUGGAUUGGGAGAAGGAGUUUUGGAUCCAAUCAGGGGUGAGAGAGCGCCGCUAGAAUGGCGCUGUUCAGAAGGUUCUUCUACCGGAAGCCGCCGGAUCAACUUCUGGAAAUCACUGAGAGGGUGUAUGUGUUUGAUUGCUGCUUCUCCACUCAUGUGCCUGACGAGGGUGAGUACAGGACAUACAUGAAUAGGAUUGUAGCUCAGCUGCAUAAUUACUUCCCUAAUGGAACUUUCAUGGUUUUGAAUUUCAAAGACGGGGAUGGUAGGAGCCUAUUUUCUGAUCUGUUAGCUCAAAAUGGUAUGACGGUCAUGGAUUACCCUCAGCAGUAUGAAAGGUGUCCACUGUUACCUAUGGAGAUGAUCAACCACUUCUUGCGAUCGAGUGAGAACUGGUUGACGGUUGAGGGCCAGCAUAAUAUUCUUUUAUUGCUUUGUGAAAGGGGAGGAUGGCCUCUGCUUGCAUUUAUGCUAGCUGGCCUUCUUCUUUACAGGAAACAAUAUACUGGUGAGGAGAAGACACUUGAGAUGGUAUACAAACAAGCGCCCAAGGACCUUCUUUCCCUUUUGACUCCUUUGAAUCCACAACCGUCUCAACUCAGGUAUCUUCAAUACAUCAGUAGAAGAAAUUCUAUGUUGGAUUGGGUAACAUCGGAUGCACCUCUGGCCGUGGAUUGCAUAAUACUCCAAGCCCUUCCUCGAUAUGACCAAGGACAAGGAUGUCGACCAGUAGUACGAGUAUAUGGUCAUGAAUUUUCUUCCAGAUUGUCCAGUAUAAGCACAAAGCUUUUGUUUUCAUCUUCUAAAGUGACUAAAGAUAUACCUUACUAUCAAAAGGAAGAGUGUGAUCUAGUAACAAUAGAUAUCCAUUGCCGUGUUCAAGGAGAUGUUGUCCUUGAAUGCAUCCAUUUGGAGGAUGAUCUAGUGAGUGAGAAAAUUAUUUUUAGAACCAUGUUCCAUACUGAAUUUGUACGGGAAAAUAUUUUGAUGCUGACCCACAGCGAAGUAGAUGUUCUUUGGGAUGUAAAGGACCUUAUCUCGAGGGAAUUCAAAGCAGAGGUUCACUUCUCAGAUGAAUCUUCUCUCCUGCCCAUCAUCACCACAGAAGUUGUGAACAAAGAUGACGAAGACAGUGAAACAGAAGUUGCCACUCCUGAGGAAUUCUUUGAGGCAGAGGAGAUCUUUAGUAGUUUCAUUGAUGCGCAGGAUGACAUGGUGGCAUCUGAUGACUAUCCAAUUGAAGUUAGUGCCCAGGUUGAUGUAGCUCAAGUUGAUAAAACUCUGGUUGAUGAAGGUCGUCACGACAUUCCCUUGGAGGAUGAACUGGAACAACAAGUGCUUCAAGAAUGUACUACAGAUGAGACCAGUAUUCGUGGCAGCACGGUGGAAGAACAAGUGUUUCAAGAAUGUACUAUAGAUGAGACCAGUAGUAUUCGUGACAGCACGGUGGAUCCUGUUAGCAACUCAUUGCAUAAUGGGAAGUCAACCAGAGGCGAUGAUGGUGCGAGCAGCAAGUUUGAAGAAGAUGGCAACAAACAAAGUGAAAAGGAGGGUUCAAAACAGAAGUUAGGUGGUGAUAAUGAUGAGCACAAGCUGGGUCUUCACGACAUUGUUGAUGAAACCAAAGUUGAUAAAACUCUGGUUGAUGAAGGUCGUCACGACAUUCCCUUGGAGGAUGAACCGGAACAACAAGUGCUUCAAGAAUGUUGUCACAACAUUCCCUUGGAGGAUGAACCAGAACAACAAGUGCUUCAAGAAUGUACUAUAGAUGAGACCAGUAGUAUUCGUGGCAGCACGGUGGAACAACAAGUGUUUCUAGAAUGCACUAUAGAUGAGACCAGUAGUAUUUGUGGCAGCACGGUGGAUCCUAUUAGCAACUCAUUGCAUAAUGGGAAGUCAACCGAGGCGUAUGUAUUUUCUGAGGUAGCCACCGAUGCUGAAACCUUAUAUAAGGAUGAUGGUACAAGCAGCAAGUUUGAAGAAGAUGGCAACAAACAAAGUGAAAAGGAGGGUUCAAAACAGAAGUUAGGUGGUGAUAAUGAUGAGCACAAGCUGGGUCUUCAAGACAUUGUUGAUGAUGACAUUGUUAAUGAAACCCAAGUUGAUAAAACUCUGGUUGAUGAAGGUCGUCACGGCAUUCCCAUGGAGGAUGAACCGGAACAACAGCCACCGGCUGAAACCUUAUAUAAGGCUGAUGGUACGAGCAACAAGUUUGAAGAAGAUGGCAACAAACAAAGUGAAAAGGAGGGUGCAAAACUGAAGUUAGGUGAUGAUAAUAAUGAGCACAAGGGUUUUUCAAUAGCCCAUAUGAAACAGCCUGUGUACAGAUCAAGAUCCGAUCUAGAUGCAGUUUUUACAAGUAAGAAAAAUAAGGAGCAAGAUUCACCAGAUGUUGUAGCGAGGUGGAUACCUUCUAACAAAGGUUCUUACACGAAUUCAAUGCACAUACAUUAUCCUUGGUCGAGACAUAACAGUGCUCCAGCAUUAUUGGUUCUCGGCAAGGAUUCUGUGUAUAGGGUGAAAAGAAAGCCCCAAUCUGCUCCUGCAUCCCACUGUACUUCUCCAUGUGGAGAUACGUACAAAAACACUUCUCCAUCUCCCAUCUCUCCUCCUCCAUCAGAAGCACCUCCUCCUUCAGAAUCAUUAUCAGAAAUACAUGCUUUACUUCCCACAUCAAUUCCUUGUGAAGAAGAACUGAGCUUGUCACUUCCGCCUCCACCACCACCUAUUGCUAUGCAGCUUCCGCCUCGACCUAGGAAGCUUCCACCUCGCUCAGCCCACUCCUACUCCCACUGUAACGCCUCUGCCUCCAUCUCAGCCCAUGAGCACUCCUACGCCUGUGUUUCCGCCUCUGCCUCUGUAUCAGCCCACUACCACUUCUACGCCUGUGCAUCCCCUCCCCCUACAUCUCAGCCUACAACCAUUCUUACGCCUGUGCAUCUGCCUCCGCCUCUACCUCCACCUCCAUCUCAGCCCACAACCUCUCCCCCCGCCUCCGCCUCGCCUCCAUCUCCAUAUACACUUGUGCCUCCUCCUCCGCCUCCAUCUCCAGCCACACCUGCUCUAUCUCAGUUCACAACCACUCCUACAGAUGUUGCCUUCACCAUCAUCUCAGUCCACGACCACUCCUACGGAUGUGUCUCCGCUUUCUACUCCAACUUCAUCUCGCCCACCGCUCCUUUGCCUGUGCCUUCACCACCAUCUCAGCCCACGACCACUCCUACGGAUGUGCCUUCGCCUCCGUCUCCAUCUCAGCCGACCCCCACUCCCACAACUCCAUCUCACCCGACAUCCAUUCCCAUGCCUCCAUCUCUGCCUCCAUCUCAUCCCAUGACUACAACUAUGCCUACACCUCCGCCUCCAUCUCAGCCAAUGCCCAUUCCCACGCCUCCGCCUAUGCCUCCACCUCACCUUCUGCCUCAGCUGGCCUCCGCUCCCAUGUCUCCACCUCAGUCUCCAUCUCAGGUCACAUCCAUUCCCAUGCCUCCACCUCCACCUCCAUCUCAGCCAAUGUCUAUUCCCACGCCUCCGCCUCAUCCUAUGCAUAUGCCUCCACCUCACCCUCCACCUCCACCUAGGUCUCUAUCUCAGGCCAAAUCCAUUCCCACGCCUUCACCUCCGCCUCCACCUCCAACUCCACCCUUUCCAUCUACUCAUACUACUACUUAUUCACCGGCAGCCCCACCUGCACUGGCAUCGUCUCCAUCUCUCCAGGAUUCGACUCCCCAUCAUUGUCCAUUCCCAUAUACUUUUCACGCUGCUUAUCCAUCACUACCUCCUAAUCAGGGAGUUUAUUAUCUUCCACAGUCUCUACCUCAAAUGACUAGUGCUCCACAACCAACACCAAUACCUCCUGGUUUUCCAGGAUUUUCACAACCCCUUGCGUUGUUUGGAGCACCUACUCAACCUUUUCCAUCUCUUGCGACUGGUGUUACACUAACUCAACCUUCACCCCCACCUUCUGCUUCAGGAACAUUACCUCCCCCAACAUCCUGGGCUUCCACCCCCUCUCAACCUAAUAGAGGAGCCCCCCGCCCCCUCCCCCUCCCCCCUCCUUUUGGUGGAGCACCUCCACCACCCCUCUGCCUAGAAGAGGUGGACCACCUCCACCACCCCGCUUUGGCUAGAGGAGCCCCACGUCCACUACCCCUCCUCGAGGUGCACCUGGCCCACCACCGCCACCAGGUCCACCGGGAGGAGGAGGUCCACCACCACCACCACCAGGUCCACAAAGAGGUCCACCACCCCCACCUGGAUAAAAAAUCUAAAUUAAAGCCGCUUCACUGGAGCAAGGUGAGCCGGGCGCUAAAAGGAAGCUUGUGGGAAGAAUUGCAGAAACAAGGAGCCCCUCAAGUUGCACCAGAAUUUGAUGCGUCAGAAAUUGAGAGUCUUUUUUGUGCAACAGCCCGGAAAAGACAAGGCAAAGAUGGAGCCAAGAACGCUGCUGCAGCUAAGCCUACCAAAAUCCAGCUGAUUGACCUAAAGAGGGCCUAUAACGUUGAAAUCAUGCUUACAAAAGUGAAAAUGUCACUUCCUGCCCUAAUGACGCGGAUACUUUCACUGGAUAACACAGUUCUGGAUGCUGAUCAAGUGGAAAGUCUUAUUAAGUUUUGUCAAAAAGAGGAGAUGGAGCUUCUCAAGACAUACACAGGUGAUCCAGAGAUGUUGGGAAAGUGUGAACAGUUUUUCCUAGAACUGAUGAAGGCACCACGGAUGGAAACUAAAUUGAAGACUUUCCUUUUCAAGAUUCAAUUUAACUCUCAGCUUUCUGAUUUCAAAAAAGCUUGGUUAUGUAACUCCGCCUGUGAAGAGGUAAACAGAUGGAUUCUAGUCGAACUCCGAUAAACUAAAGAAAUUUUACAGAAAAUAUUAGUUCUUGGAAAUACAUUGAAUGAGGGAACUGCAAGAGGUAUAUCCGUAUUUAUGGAAUUAGUCGGAUACAAACUGGAUAGUCUUUUGAAACUGACGGAUACACGGUCAACCACUUGCAGGAUGACACUUAUGCAUUAUCUUUGUAAGGCACUUGGCAAGAAUCCAGAUCUUCUAGACUUUUACAAAGAUCUUCCUAACCUGGAAGCUUCCACCAAGAUUCAACUAAAGUCAUUGGCAGAUGAAAUGACAUCUAUCUCCAAGGGUUUAGAGAAGGUGAAGCAGGAAAUGGAUGCUUCGAAUGAUGGUCCUGUCUCCGAAAUUUUUCACAGGACGUUGAAGGAAUUUGUUGGUACUGCUGAAAGUGAAGUGACUGCUGUAAUGAAUACAUAUUCUCUUGCGGGUAAAAAUGCUGAAGCAGUGGCUACAUACUUUGGUGAAGAUCCUAACCGAACCCCUCUCGAGCAAGUUACUGCAACCCUCUCAAACUUCGUGAAGCUAUUCCAAACAGCCUGCGAUGAAAACAUCAAGCAGGCUGAAGCAGACAAGAAGAAGGCUCAAAAGGAGGCUGAAGCUGCAGAGAACGCGGCCAAGAAUUAAAUAUGAACAAAGAAAGUAAGAGAAACAUUGGAGACAGCCACUGCUGGAUCAACCAGCAAUGCGCAUCCGGAAAAAAAAAGAAGCCGGAAGGGCGCUGUUGAGGCUUUGCAAAACCUCAAGGUCUGCAAAUGGAGCAGUUACGAGAGUGCCAGCGGCUCUUUCCUGGCUGCUUUAGAUGACGCAGGCAGCUGAUACGCUAGUCUCGGGGCUGUACUUAAUGGAGAAGGGCUUAUUCACAAACCAAGUCAUCAGAGGCAGGGGCCAGAGCUGGGGGAGGCUCGAGCACCCCCAGCAACAUUUUUCUAAAUUUAUUUAUUUUCGGAAAAUUUUGGCUUCAACACAUAAGCAGCUGGAAUUUUUCGACUUUAGCUCCCUCCAAGCUCUAUAUAAAUAUGGUCCUGCUUCUGAUCAGAGGUAUGUUCGGUCGGCCCACUCAUCUAUCUCCGAGAUAAAUGUUCAGCACAGGUGGAAUUGAUCGGGGGUGCUCGAGCUCUCGUGUCCAUGUCCGACAUCAGCUACGCGAGGACAUCCUGGAACUAUAAUGAAGAUUGCUGAUACGAAAAUGCUUCAUGUACAGAGAGCACUAACCAUCUAGUUAGAGAUUAACACUGAUUCUUUGCUGUAGCAUAGAAAAUGGCUGGGUUCCUCCUUGUAGAGGGAAGAGAACCUUCCAAGAAAUUUUGUUGUACAGCAGUUAGUUGAUAUAGAAAAUAGGCUGUGUUAGUCAAAUAUAGAUAUAGUAACCUUUUUUACAGGAAGUUUUAGAAUACAUGAUUCAUUCAUUAAUGAAAAAGCAUUCGUUUUAUUGCGUUUUUA